GACUUGCCGGUUUACAAGACUUUUGGCGCCAAUGCGGGCUCGGAAAUAGGGUUUCUGAAAGUGCUUCACUGGAUGCAAGACUGUAUUGCUCUCCACCAGCGCUGUGCGAAAAACAGUAGCACACCGUUACCCCGCCGAGUCCUCGAUCUCGAAUCUCUAAACGCCAAAGACAAUCUGAGCGUGCACGAGAGUGACAACGAAACAGGACGAUACAUGUGUCUGAGCCACUGCUGGGGCGGCUCCAAAUACCCUGCCAAAACGACAUCUCUCACCCUUGAGCAGAACAAAGAGAGCAUUCCUUGGGACAGCCUGCCAAAAAAAUUCCAGGAUGCCAUCGUGUUUACUCGAUGGCUCAAGGUUAGGUACCUAUGGAUAGACUCUCUUUGCAUUAUUCAAGACAGCGGACAAGACUGGUUGGAGUCAGUGAAGAUGGUCGACAUAUACCGGAACUCGUUCCUUACCAUCGCAUCCACGAGCGACGGCGGCGGUCUAUUCUACCCCACACUACCA